CCUGCGCAUUCGGUUUUCCACAUAGCUCCACAACUAGAAAUACUUUUCUGUUAAACCCAAAACAGAGAGCGAAAAUAUUUGAUGUAAAGCUGCAUUCUUGCUUUUAUAUAUAUAUAUUUUAGCAUGGCCAGAUAUUUGAGACCUCCAAAUACAUCUCUUUUCAUCAGAAACAUUUCCGAUGAAUCCAGGCCUGAGGAUUUGCGCCGUGAGUUUGGUCGUUAUGGGCCAGUAGUAGACGUCUACAUUCCACUUGACUUCUAUUCACGCCGACCAAGAGGAUUUGCAUAUAUUCAAUAUCCUUUCCCUUCUAAAAAAAUGUAAAGGCAUCCAGUUGUUGUGGAGCCUGGAGAAAGAGUAAGAAUGUCCGGUGUAGAGUAGAUCUAAAGACAAGCAGCAAAAGACCGCCAGGAUGCAAGAAACAGAGAGAGGGAAAGGUUGAAAGAGAAUUUAAAGCUUGAAGAGACAAAGAGGAAAAAGAGGGGACGGAGUCCAGGCUUGGAUAUGUCAUCAAAAGAAAGAGGAAAAGGGAAGAGAUUAAAGGGCAAAGACAAGCAGGAAACCCAAGUUCUUCUGGGAGGCGAUUAAAGAGCUUAAAGAUCAAGAUGAAAGUCAAAGUCAAGCAUGUUUAAGGUAACAAACCUGAAUUAUUUUUUUGAAGAUGUGCGCGAUGCUGAAGAUGCUCUUCACAACCUGGACAGGAAGUGGGUGUGUGGCCGACAGAUUGAAAUCCAGUUUGCGCAGGGAGACCGAAAGACACCCAAUCAGAUGAAAGGAAAGGAGGGGGGAUCUUCGCGCAGCUCUUCGCGGCAUGAUGAUCGAGAUUAUGAUCGGGACAGUCGUCGUAGGCGCUCUCGCAGCCGUAGCUACCAAAGACGCAGGUCACGUAGCCCAUCCUACGAUCGCCGGCCCAGACGCUCUGAGAGUCCCAGAGACUCCCGUGGAAGGAUGUACGGCGGUAGCGGAAGAAGCAGGAGUCCGGAAAACAACCGGCACCGACCCCACCCACGUGACCACCGACGACCCCCCCCUGGGCAUUCCCCUCACAGCCAAUCCCGCUCCCCUUCUCACUCCAGAUCCAGGCCCAGGGCCCAGAGGGAGUCCAGAGGAAAGUCUCGUUCCCGCUCUAAGUCCCUGAGCCCACGGGGUGAUGACUUCCACCCAGCACCCGGUGGCUACGAUGCGUCCCGCUCGCAUUCUCGCUCCCUCUCACGGUCCCGUUCUCGCUCCAGGUCCUGGACAGGGCGCAAGUCAGGGGGACACUAAAACAUGUUUGUUGGAUCCUUUUGACUGUAGUUGUGUCCAAAAUGGCUUGCUGGAUAAUUGAAUGUUCAUGGAACGGUUGUUGGUUGGUUUGUGAAAAUUAUCUUCCUUUGUAGUUUUUUGCUUCCUUUUUUUUGUUAUUUUUUAAUGGAUGAAUAAAUAGAAACACGAUAUCCUGUUUAAAUCAGUCCCGGAAAUGUCACCUUUUUUAUAUCCAAUACACUGAGUGUACGAAACAUUAGGAAUAGCUUCAAUUCAAGCCUCAAUUCAUCUGGGCAUGGACUUUACAAAGUGUUGAUAGCCCAUGUUGACUCAAAUGCUUCUCACAGUUGUGUGAAGUUGUCUGGAUGUCCUUUGAAUGGUGGACCAUUCUUGAUACAAACAGGAAACGGUUGUGUGAAAAACCCAGCAACAUUGCAGUUCUUGAUACAUUCAAACCGAUGCGUCUGGCACCUACUACCAUACCCCGUUCAAAGGCACUUAAAUCCUCAUCCCUUGAAUGGCACACAUACUCAAUCCAUGUCUCAAUUAUCUUGAGGCUUAAAAGUCCUUCUUUAACCUGUCUCCUCCCCUUCAUCUACACUGAUUUGAAGUGGAUUUACAAGUGACAUCAAUAAGGGAUCAUACCUUUCACCUGGUCAGUCUCGUGGAAAGAGCAAGUGUUCCUAAUGUUUUGUGUAUCAGUGUUAUUCCUUUCAGAAGACAGGGCUAGAAGUACUGUAUAGGCCAAGAUCAAGUACCAUCAUUGUUUACCGUGAAUGCGGGGAACAUUGCUUUGAAAAGCGGAUUGAAUCCCUGCCCUUGUCGUUAAAAUCCUUACCUUCACUUUCCUGUCAAGUACAUUAGGCCCCAGCUUUCAGUUGGUAUGCUUGAAGUGGAAGUUACCUGGGGUGUAAUCAUUAGUCCAAAAAGGUUACUCCAAACGGAAAACGUUUGCAACGAAAACUUUAAUUUGGUUCUGUUGGUUUCCUAGUGAAACAUACCCGUGGCCUGUGAAAGAGCCACUACGGUAGUACCGUUCAUUUUCUACCAACAUUUGUUUACGAUUUGUUCAGCGAUAGACCGGCCCAUGUUACAUUGGCUUGUCCUAUUUGAUUUGAUAAAUUCUGGUAGCCAUGUCAGUAGCCUCAAAUAUCAACUCUGAACGUUUCUAAAUUUGAUCAAAUUGGCGAUGGUUUGUACAUGGCCUGCUGUAUGUUUUGACAUUUCAGGACCUUGAUCCUUCACUUUGUUCUUGUGAUGGCUUGUAUUAUUCUAUAUGCUUGUUUUUUCCUAAAACAACUCAAGAAGUGUAGUCUUCCUUCCAAAUAUGUCAGUUAUGCUCUACUGUUUAUGCAACAAUUUUCUUGGAGAGUAAUAAAUGCUUGAAGUCAUAUUCCAGUCACCUUUUAAGCUAAUUUAUCACCUGAUUUACUAGUUUGUUCAUUGUUGUUCCUCUAUUACUGCACUGUUGGCGCUAGGAACAUAAGCAUUUAGUUACACCCACGAUAACAUCUGCAAAAUGUGUGUACGUGACCAAUCAUAUUUUAUUUGAUGUUCCCUCCUUGACGUUUGCAGUUGUUACUAAAAAAACUAUUUUGCUCAAUGUCAUUUAUUUUUUUACCCUUUAGUGUGUGUACUGUUUAUAAUUCAGAUAUCACUUUUCAACAGUAUAAGUAAAGAAAAAUCACUGGAGGACCUA